UCCCACAUGUUAAGUCAUGAUGGCUUCUCUCUGGUGCCGUGCUCUGCUCUUCAGCCUCCUCCUCGCCGCUUCCUCCGUGCACGCUGACAUGAAGUUGGACUGCAAGCCCGGCAUGGUGUCUCUGGUCUGGACGGAAGGCAGGUCCCGCGUCGACACCUCCAUGUUCCGCCUGGGCAACUGCCCCCCCACCGCCACCUCAGCCCGGGAGGCCACCUUCACCGUGGAGCUCCACGACUGCAACUUCAUGGCCAUGGUCACCGGGAGCCAGCUGGUGUACACCAACGCCUUGACUUACCUGAGCGACUCCAAGAGCCACACCUUCAUCCAGCCCGUGGUUUGCGUCUUCGAGAGACCCAAGGAGUAUCACCCCAUCCUCUACGACCCCAUCUUUGCAUCCUCUGGCAGUUCCAACCUGGUGUUCCACAUGGCGCUCAUGAACGAUGACUUCUCCGGCCCGGCUGAAUCCAAUCUCUUCGCCCUGGGCUCCUUCAUCCCCAUCAUGGCUCGCGUGGAUCAGAUUACCCAUCAGCCAUUGCUGCUCCUGAUGGAGGAAUGUGUGGCCACCACCAAACCCCAGCUGCAGGCCGACAGCCCUUCCUACCACAUCAUCAACAAUAAGGGGUGCCUGUCAGACAGCAAGAGGUCUCGGUCCAGGUUCGAGCCCAGACAGGUGCCGUCGGAAAUGCUGCUGUCCCUGCAAGCGUUUAGGUUCGCUCUCGGAGAAGAGGUGUUCAUCCACUGCAAACUUGUGGCCUGGGAUCCUGAAGGUCUCGACACGACCAAGAAGGCGUGCAACUUCGUGCACGGCCAUGGGUGGCAGCUGCUGGACAAUCCUGCCUUCAGCAACCUGUGUGACUGCUGUGAGUCCAGCUGCAAGUCCAGGUGGACAAGGAGUACACGAUCAGGGAGGCGUGGAAUUACCCAGAAUGCAGUUCUGGGGCCCCUCACUAUCACUGAGGAGUAGAUGGACAGGAUUGAACUAAUUGUAUAUCCAAUAAACAGCUGGAGAAAACUA